AUGGCCGACACAUCAGCCGUCGCCAAGGGUGUCGCCAACCUCUCCGUCUCCGCCUCCAAGACCAAGGAGCUCAAGGGCACCGAAAAGAGAGACACCCUCGUCGAGAUCGAGAAGAAGUACCAGCAAAAAUGGGAGCAGGACGGCGUCUUCGAGAUCGAUGCUCCCUCAACUGCCGAGUACCCUCUCGACGCCAUCACCCCCGAUGAGCUGCGCGAAAAGCACCCCAAGUUCUUCGGCACCAUCGCCUACCCCUACAUGAACGGCCGCCUCCACGCCGGCCACGCCUUCAGCUUCUCCAAGAUCGAGUACCACACCGGCUUCGCCCGCAUGCAGGGCAAGCGCGCCCUCUUCCCCAGGGCUACCACUGCACCGGAGUUUGAGCGCUACAAGGAGGAGGAGGUCGUUGAGGGUGCUGCUGCCCCCGCUGCCCCUGCCGCUGCUCCCAAGUCCAAGGAGGACGUCUCCAAGUUCAACGCCAAGAAGGGCAAGACUGUCGCAAAGACCGGUGGCGCCAAGUACCAGUUCCAGAUCCUCAAGUCUCUCGGCAUUCCCGUCCAGGAGAUUCACAAGUUCGCCGAUCCCCAGUACUGGCUCCAGUUCUUCCCUCCCGAGUGCAAGAAGGAUCUCACCAACUUCGGUGCCCGUAUCGACUGGCGCCGUCAGUUUGUCACCACCGACGCCAACCCCUACUACGAUGCUUUCGUUCGCUGGCAGAUGAACCGUCUCAAGGAGCUCAACAAGAUCAAGUUCGGCAAGCGCUACACCAUCUACUCCAUCAAGGAUGGCCAGCCCUGCAUGGACCACGACCGUAGCGAGGGUGAGGGUGUCCUUCCCCAGGAGUACACUGCUCUCAAGCUCAAGGUCAAGGAGUGGGCUCCCAAGGCUGCCGAGGCUCUCAAGGGCAAGCUCCCCGAGGGCGCCAACGUCUACCUCUGCCCCGCCACCCUUCGUCCCGAGACCAUGUACGGCCAGGUCUGCUGCUUCGUCGGCCCUACCCUCAAGUACGGCGUCUACAAGGCCUCCGAGAACGAGUACUUUGUCAUCACCGAGCGCGCCGCCAAGAACAUGGCCUACCAGGGCAUCUUCGAGAAGGAGGGCGUCAUUGAGAAGGCUGCUGAUGUCGUCGGUUCCGAUCUCGUCGGUACCCUCGUCAACGCUCCUCUCUCCGUCCACAAGGAGGUUUACGUCCUCCCCAUGGACACUGUCCUCGCCACCAAGGGUACCGGUGUCGUCACCUCCGUUCCCUCCGAUUCCCCCGACGAUUGCGCCAUGAUGACCGAGCUCGCCAAGAAGACCGAGUUCUACGGCAUCCAAAAGGAGUGGGUUGACAAGGAGAUCAUCUCGGUCAUCAAGACCCCUACCUCCGACCUUCUCGCCCCUUACCUCGUCAAGAAGCUCAAGAUCAACUCCCCCAAGGAUGCCAAGCAGCUCCUUGAGGCCAAGGAGCUUGCCUACAAGGAGGGCUUCUACCAGGGUAUCAUGAACUACGGUGACUUCAAGGGCGAGAAGGUCGAGACCGCCAAGCCCAAGGUCCGCCAGCAGCUCAUCGACGCCGGUGACGCUUUCGCCUACUCUGAGCCCGAGAACAAGGUCGUCUCCCGUUCCGGUGAUGAGUGCUCCGUCGCCCUCAUGGACCAGUGGUACAUCGACUACGGUGAGGACUCGUGGCGCACCGUUCUCUACGACUACGUCGAGAACAAGGACGGCAAGGGCAUCAACACCUACUACGCCGAUACCCAGCACGCCUUCAAGGGCGUCAUCGGCUGGCUCAAGCAGUGGGCUUGCGCCCGUACCUACGGUCUCGGCUCCAAGCUUCCUUGGGACCACAACUUCCUUGUCGAGUCUCUUUCCGACUCUACAGUCUACAUGGCCUACUACACCAUCGCUCACUGGCUGCACAAGGAUCUCUUCGGCCGCGAGAAGGGCAAGGGCAACAUUGGCGCUGAGCAGAUGAUCGACGAGGUCUGGGAUUACGUCUUCUGCCGCACCGAGCUGUCCGACGACUUGGUCACCAAGUCCGGCAUCCCCAAGGAGACUCUCGACUCCAUGCGCCGCGAGUUCCAGUACUUCUACCCCCUCGACAUCCGUGUCUCCGGCAAGGAUCUCAUCCCCAACCACUUGACCUUCUGGCUGUACAACCACAUCGCCCUCUUCCCCCGCGAGUACUGGCCCAAGUCCGUCCGUGCCAACGGCCACUUGCAGCUCAACGGCGAGAAGAUGUCCAAGUCUACCGGUAACUUCAUGACCCUCGACGACGUCGUCAAGAAGUACGGUGCCGACGCCGCCCGUGUCGCUCUUGCCGAUGCCGGUGAUGGUAUCUCCGACUCCAACUUUGUCGAGGAUGUCGCCGAUAACACCAUUCUCAGGUUCUACACCAACAAGGAGUGGAUCGAGGAGACCCUCAAGGACGAGUCUCUCCGCACUGGCGAGCUCAACAGCUUCCAGGAUGCCCUGUUCGACAAUGAGAUGAACGCCCUUGUCAACGAGGCCCGCAAGUACUACGAGGAGACCUCGUACAAGCUUGCUCUCAAGGCUGCUCACUACGAUUUCUUGAACGCUCGUGAUAUGUACCGUGAGGCUUGCGCUGCUGCUGGCAUUCCUCUCCACAAGGACUUGGUCAACAAGUACAUCCGUCUCCAGGCCCUCGUCAUCACCCCCAUCGCCCCUCACUGGGCCGACUACAUCUGGCAAGAAUGCCUCGGCGAGCCCAAGUCCAUCCAGUUCGCCCUCUGGCCCGAGGUCCCCGCCGCCAACCCCGCCCUCACCGCCGCCCGCGACUACGUCCGCACCACUUCGUCGGCUAUCAACUCGGCCGAGGCCGCCCAGCUCAAGAAGAUGGCCAAGGGCCGCCAGUCCGACUUCGACCCCAAGAAGCCCAAGAAGCUCACCAUCUUCGCCACUGAGAACUUCCCUACCUGGCAGGCCAAGUACAUCGACCUUCUCUCCGAGGUCUGGGACGCCGCCACCGGCGCUCAGAAGAUUGACGAUAAGGAGCUGAACGGCCGCAUCGCCAAAAUGGGCGAGAUGAAAAAGGCCAUGCCCUUCGUUCAGGAGCUCAAGAAGAGGUUGAAGUCCGGUGAGCCUGCUGAGCAGAUUCUUAGCCGUAAGCUGUCCUUCGAUGAGAAGGCUACCCUGUUGGCUAUGAUCCCCGGUCUGAAGAGGACUGCUGGCCUCGAAAGUGUGCAGGUUGUUCUGGUUGAGGAGGGCAGCAAGACCGGCAAGGAUCUGACGAAUGGUGGUGAGGAGAUUGAGGUUACUGCGCCUAUGGCUGAGGCGGCGUUGCCUGGUCAGCCUAGCUUUUUCUUUACCAAUGUUUAA